AUGGCCCCCAACUUCCAUUCUUUCCUAAAUUCAAUCGAAAGACACUGCAGAACCAAAGAAAAGACCAAGAAAGUGGAAGUUGUAACAUCAUCAUCAGGGAGCCCUAGUAUUGGAAGAGGAAGAGGAAGAAUGAUGAAUGCAAUGGAUGAAGAUGAUUUUGAAGACGCGGUUUCAACUGGGACGCCUUUAUCGGCCAUUGCAGAGGCUUUUGAGGAUCUAUCUGACUUGGUGAAAUCAAGGGGUGGCAUGAAGUUUGAUAUGGAUUUGAAGUCCUUGUGUGAUGCCAGUUCCCUUGUUUCUGUCCUCUUUGGUUGCUUGGGCAUUGCCUUCAAAUUUGCCGAGAUGGAAUAUAUUGCCAAGUUACGGGAUCUUGAGGAUGCAUCCGAGACUUAUGGGACUCUGUCAAACAUAAUCGAUACUGAUCUUGAAACUCACACGGUGAAAAGUCCUGGAAGCCUCUCGCGUAAAUUAAGGAGGGUUAGACAGGGCCUUGAUCUUGUUAGAGCCAUCUUUCAGAACUUUUUGUCACCAGAAUUUUGUUCUCUGAAAGAAGCAGCUUCAGUAGCUUAUGGGAAAGUUUGUGCGCCGUAUCACACAUGGCCAGUAAGGACUGCUGUUUCGGCCGGGAUGUGUGCCUUGCCAACAAGGGAUCAACUUCUGGAGAGGCUAAAUGAAACGGAUGAAUCGGCAGAGAAAGCAAUGAGAAGAUACAUAAAGGCCUCUAGUCCAGUUAUAGAGUACAUUGACAUGCUGUAUACUUCGCGAAACAUCAGUUUGGAUUGGUGA